CAAAGGUUAAGUUAAAAGUCUUGGAAAAGGAAACCCCAGUUUCUGGUCUCACCUUAAACUGCCCAAAACUUCAUUCUUCGAUCAGUACAUCAAAUUAACCUCAAAUUCCUCAAAACCAACGGUGUGAUCUGACUCUCUACUUUCCCAUUUUCCCCAACAAUUGAUCUGUUCAUUCUGAAAUUCGAUUAUUAUUCUGUUUUCUUUUUUUUGCUUUCAGUAAUUGUUUGUGUUGAAACGGUAGAGAUGGGAAUUGGGUCAUUCGGAUGCGUGACUGUUUCUCUGUUGGUGGUUUUAUCGAUUUUUCGAGGAGCUGUGGGGAUUAGAUUUGUGAUUGAUAGAGAAGAGUGCUUAUCUCACAACGUUCAGUACGACGGAGACACAGUUCAUGUUUCUUUCGUGGUGAUUAAGGCUGAUGGGUCGUGGCAUUACGGCGAUGAGGGUGUUGAUCUUGUGAUAAAAGGACCUUCUGGGGAGCAGAUUCAUGAUUUUCGUGACAAGACUAGUGAGAAAUAUGAAUUUAUGGCUCAAAGAAAAGGCGUAUAUCGAUUCUGCUUUACGAACAAGUCUCCUUACCAUGAAACAUUAGAUUUUGAUGUACAUGUUGGACAUUACAUAUACUAUGAUCAGCAUGCAAAGGAUGAGCAUUUCAACCCCUUGCUGGAAGAGAUCUCAAAGUUGGAAGAAGCUCUUUACAACAUCCAGUUUGAACAGCAUUGGCUUGAAGCUCAGACUGACCGCCAGGCAUUAGUGAAUGAAGGAAUGAGUCGGCGAGCAGUCCACAAGGCAAUGUUUGAAUCAGCAGCACUCAUCGGGGCUAGUGUCCUCCAGGUCUACCUCCUGCAGCGUCUGUUUGAGCGCAAGCUCGGGACAUCCAGAGUCUAGAUUUUCCUCUGCCAGCCAUAACUAUUGGUUGUAACAUCUACAAGCUGAAAUCUUCCCUCUGGCAUAGGUUUUACUCAUAUGAUGGUUGUGCAGCACACUUUUUCCCAGCCAGUUGCCCAGCAUGGAAACAUGUAUACAUCACAUGCUUUUAGAGAGUUUUUCACAAAUGUGCCUGAGCUAGCUGUUUCUUGUAUGUUCUUAAACUAGCAUAUUUACCUUUUCUUUCUCUGUCUCUUGAUUUUUAAAGUAAAAAAAAGAUCUAUCGGGUGAUUUUGUGGGUGCAUUUUUGUGGGCGUUCUGCACCCGUGUUCUGAAUCAGUAAGAAGAACCUUGGUUGUUUAUGGAUUACUCAUCUUUAUUCUUGUUUUAUCUAUUUACUUAUCGUUUUA